GCACGCGCAUAAGCACGCACAUGCUUCGAAGUGGAACUAAGUUAUGCAAAAUAAUCAUGGCUGAAGAUAUUUAUAACACUCGAAUAUCCUCAUGUUUUAUUCAUUUUGAUGGCGUUACGGAGCAACUUUGCACGCCAAGUUACACGCCAAAGGCUCAAGAAAUUUCUUGAGUGUAGGUCUAAAUGGGCCAAACUUAAAUGUCAACAAGCUGAAAUAGCUAAGAAAUCUUACGAGAACAUCGAUGACGGAUCUGUGAAUUCAUACAUGGAGAAGAACCCUGACAGCAUUAACUUAGAAUGGUACCAUCAUAUGAAAUGCUGGAAGAGAUUUUGUGAUGAAGAGAAGAUCCGUAGACAACAGCGGAAAGAAGAAAAAAGAGAAGGAACUAGCUCUGAAACUGUAACUCCUACCGAAGGACUACAUGUGAAAGUGGAGCCAAUGGAACCAAGGCGAAAAAUUACACGCCAAUCAGUCGCAGACGUUAAUAACACCCUACCUAAAAGAAACGAGCAUGUACUUCCAGAGAUAUGUAUUGUUUGUGGAAGAGACGCUUCUUGGUUCUCAAUAGACAAGGUAACUAAGAAGAGAAGAAGAGCCCCACUCAUGUUGGCAGAAACAAUUGAUGCUGGUCUUCUACGUACAGCUGCCAAGAGAAAAAUGAUGAAGGCAUACUCGUGCAAAUCCGGGGGAAAGACUGUGUAG